CACUGCUUCUUCUACGGUACCUUGAUGGACCCGCACACCCUCGCCCGCGUGCUCGGCGUAUCCUCACGCCCUGAGCUGCAUCCAGCGACGGUUCACGGCUUCCGCGCCAAGCUUUGGGGCGAGUAUCCCGUUUUACUGCGCGACGAGUCCUCCGCCGAGGCCAUUCACGGGAUGGCAUAUCCAUUCCGGUCGCUGGCAGAGCUGCGCCGACUAGCUGCCUACGAGACGGAGAUGUAUCGGAUCGAGGUGGGUGAAGCGACUACGGACAAUAAUGGGUCUAUGGUGCUGGCGUACGUGUUUGUCUGGGAUGGCGAGGAGAGUCUACUCCGGGAGGGUCAUUUUGACUUGAAAGACUGGCAAUUA